AUGGGUUGCUGCAUUAGCAAAUGCAGACCCGAAAAACAUACCCUAGAAGAUCAAUUCAACCAUGUCCAAGACAAGCUUGUCAUCUCUCAAACUCAACCAACACCAAUCCUUUAUUCUUCAAAAAAAAUCUUACCUUCUCCUUCAUCUCCGACCUCUUCCACUUCUUCCAUUUCAUCCUUCACAUGCACCACUUCCAACACUAUAUGUUCAGCCUCGUCCUUAUCAACUGCUUCAUCAUCUUUGAGCUCAAAGGACAGAUCAUUCUCUAAUGAUUUCCUAUGGUCAUGUUAUAAGGAGAACCCACAUAUCACUCGCAUGAACUCAAUCAGAGAAGCCACUCUUUCCUCGAUGCCCACUAAACCUAAAGCUCAAUCAAUGAAGAUAACAAACCCUUCACCUAUUAAACCCAUCUUGGCACCAAUAUUGAAGCAAUCUCCAUCACAAAAGGUUGUUGGGUCGUUUUCCAUGCCACAGAAGAGGGUUCGAUCAAACUCACCGACGAAUCUAACAAGACAGAAGAGUUUCCGAAAGGAGCCAGAGAGGAAUAUCAGUGUUAAUUCUGCUUCGAACAUGCUGAGCAGAACAACACUAGGGUCACCUUCUCCGAGCAGGAGAUUCAAUAAUGGAGACAAAUGUGGAAGUGCUUUGGGUAACACGUUUGCAGAUAAUAGUGUUUCUAAGCGAAUGAUUAGUGCUCCGAAGGUUAGUGCAACUCAUUCUCAUUGUGUUUCGUCUUAUCUAAGGAAAGAGAGUGUUAAAGCAGCUAGUCCAAACAAUAGUUCACGAAGGGUUCAUUCUGGUUUGAGGCAUAGAGAGACUCGCACUCUCAGAGUUGGUUCUAAAAUUGAUGAAACCGUGGUUAACGAUGUGCUGUAUAACCAUGAUAUGGACUCAACUAUGAUGGAGGAUAUUAACAAUCCGCUUAUCUCCUUGGACUGUUUCAUCUUUUUGUAG